UUCCGGUCAGCAAAAUGGCGGCGCGCACUUUCCGUACAGCAAAAUGGCGGCGCCCUGAGCGCACAUUCCGUACGGAAUUCCCAGUCCCUCCCAGUUUAUCCCAGCCCCUCCCAGUGACCUUUAACCCCUUCCCAGUUUAUCCCAGUUUAUCCCAGUCCAUCCCAGUCCAGGCCAUGUUCCGCACCGCGCGGCUCGGCGCCGUUUUCGGGGGGUCCCCGCUGAGCUCGGGGGGGUCCCCGAAGGUUCUGGAAGGGAAGGUGGCGCUGGUGACAGCGGGGACCGACGGGAUCGGGCUGGCCGUGGCCGAGGCGCUGGGCGUGGCCGGGGCUCAGGUGUUCCUCAGCUCCCGGCGCCAGCACAACGUGGACAGGGCGGUGGCGCACCUGAGGGGGCGUGGCCUGCAGGUGAGCGGCGUCACCUGCCACGUGGGACGGGCCGAGGAGCGCGAGAGGAUGGUGCAGGCGGCCCUGGACACCUUUGGCGCCAUCGACAUCCUGGUGUCCAACGCCGCCGUCAAUCCCCACCUGGGCCCCGCCCUGGAGGCCGACGAGAGCACCUGGGACAAGGUGUUCCAGGUGAACGUGACGGCGGCGGCCAUGUUGGUGCGGCUGGUGGUGCCACACAUGGAGAGACGGGGGGGCGGGGCCAUCGUGCUGAUGUCAUCGAUCGCGGGAUACCGGCCCAUGGCGGGGCUGGGCCCGUACUCUGUCAGCAAAUCCGCCCUGCUGGGGCUCGUGGCCGCCCUGAGCCCGGAGCUGCUGCCCCGCGGGAUCCGGAUCAACGGCGUCGCCCCGGGGCUGAUCCAGACCCGCUUCAGCCAGGCUCUGUGGCAGGACGAGGCCGUGCGGGAUCGGGCGCUGCAGGAACUGGGAGUGCAGAGGCUGGGCACGCCCCCCGAGGUGGGCGGGGCCGUGCUGUUCCUGGUCUCCCCCCUCGGCUCCUUCGUGGCCGGGCAGACCCUGCUGGUGGCCGGGGGGGCCCUGGCCCGCCUCUGACCACGCCCACCGCCUCGGAUAUGCUAAUUUAUGCUAAUGAGACGGAGGAGAAACGAUUCCGCGCAGCUCUGACCACGCCCGCUGU